AUUCAGCACUCCACUCGUCCUUCAUAUAUUAACUCCAGACUCCUACUGUUUCAUUGUUUGAAUAUCAACAAAAGAAAUCAAACAAAAUACAAAUAAAUUGGGAAUGAUGUUACCGUUGAAAGUAGUGUUCCUAUCAACAGGCGUCGUUUCAAUGGCUCUCAUACUCAAACUCUCACUUCCAAUAAUCCUUGAUUUCUUCACCGGCGAGCUUCCUCUGUUUUGGUCUAUUGUACUUUCGUGGCUGCAACCACCGUACUUGUAUCUUCUCAUCAACUGCAUCAUCAUCACCAUUGUUGCUUCCUCUAAGCUUCAUUUAAGUAGCGGCGACGAUGGAGAAUCUGUCACACUGGUGCGGAGGAGUUUUUCUACUCCGGUGAAAGUUCCGGUUGAGAAGAGAGAAGAUUUGGGUUUUGAUGCGAAUAUUGAAGAUAAAUUGGUAGUUUUUGGAUAUGUAGAAAGUCCAAUUGUCAUCAAAGAAGAUCAUCAUAUUGUUACUCCGUCAGAAAACGAGGUUAUUGUCCGAGAUGUUGGUGAUGGUGCCAAUGGUGGUGAGUUUGUGUUAUCGAAAUCAACUUGGAAGUCGCCGGAGAAACUUACUCCAGUGAAAUUGGAAUAUUCUCCUGUGUCUUUGAGUGAGAAACCGCCUUUUUCGUCGAGAUUUGGUCAUCGGAGGGCCGUUAAAGCUAGUCCUGAAGGAAAAGCAGCGCUUGGAGUAUCAAGACCAAAAAAGCAGGAAACACUAGAAUCAACAUGGCGGACAAUAACAGAAGGAAGGUCAAUGCCGCUGAAACGCCACCUGAGGAAAUCCGACACAUUUUCCGGUGCAUCGCCAGAGAAUUCUCCGGUGAGAGUAAUGAAAAAGUCUGACACUAUCAAUUGCGGAAACUCGUCUCCAGCAAUGAGCGGAAGCGGAGGAGUAAAGAAAGAAUCGUCGCUGAGUCAAGACGAGUUGAAUAAGCGAGUUGAGGCGUUUAUCAAGAAGUUUAAUGAAGAAAUGAGGUUGCAAAGACAAGAGUCACUAAACCAUUACAGGAGGAUGAUCAAUGUUCGUGGGACCCAGUGAGCAAAUUUUCGUUUUAAAUUUUAAAUAAGUAAUUUUGUUUAGUUCAUUUUUGAGUGGUGGAGAAGAAAUUUAAUUUAAUUAAAUUUAUUUUCUGCUCUGUAAAGAACUACAAAUAUUUGAAAUCAUGUUUUAUUUGUUUAUUUAUUUAAAUUAAUUUUGGAUAUUGUUUGACCCUUAUUUCACAUUUAUUUUUUGUCUUCAAUUUAUUAUGUAGAAUUUCAAGUUGAAAUUAUAAUUAUUUAUUUUUAUUUGA